CUCACAGUUCACUCUUCCUCCCUUCAUUUCAGUGGGAGCCUCGCUAAAUUAUCUGAGCAGAACAAAAAUGGCUACUGCGGCCAUGGGAGCUCUCAAAGUGUCACCUUCCUCGUCAGCUUCUCCUCCUUCCUCCUCCACCAAUGCCGGCCGGAAAUCGGAGGCAAGGUGCUUGGGGUUCUCGUCGUCGAAACUCUCCGGGGAGAAGUUUUCCUCCAGGGCAUUGUCCGCUAGACGGUCUGGGAAGAGCGGCCGGAAUGCGAGGACUACUCCGCUGAUCGUUUCUCCGAAGGCUGUUUCGGAUUCCAGGAACUCUCAGACCUGUCUUGAUCCUGAUGCCAGUAGGAGUGUUCUAGGAAUUAUCUUGGGAGGUGGCGCUGGAACCAGGCUUUACCCACUGACCAAGAAGAGGGCAAAGCCUGCUGUCCCUCUAGGAGCUAAUUACAGGCUGAUCGAUAUCCCUGUCAGCAAUUGCUUGAACAGCAACAUUUCCAAGAUUUAUGUUCUUACCCAGUUUAACUCCGCGUCCCUGAAUCGUCACCUCUCUCGGGCUUAUGCGAGCAACAUGGGUGGCUACAAGAAUGAAGGGUUUGUCGAAGUUCUCGCAGCUCAGCAGAGCCCAGAGAAUCCCAACUGGUUCCAGGGGACAGCUGAUGCUGUAAGGCAGUACUUGUGGUUGUUUGAGGAGCAUAAUGUGCUGGAGUAUUUGGUUCUUGCUGGGGAUCAUCUUUAUCGAAUGGACUAUGAGAAAUUUAUUCAGGCUCAUAGGGAAACUGAUGCAGACAUUACUGUUGCUGCAUUGCCGAUGGAUGAGAAGCGUGCUACUGCAUUUGGUCUGAUGAAGAUCAAUGAAGAAGGUCGGAUUAUAGAGUUUGCCGAGAAACCCAAAGGAGAUCAGCUUAAAGCUAUGAAGGUUGAUACAACUAUCUUGGGUCUGGAUGAUCAAAGAGCAAAAGAAAUGCCUUACAUUGCUAGCAUGGGUAUAUAUGUUGUCAGCAAACAUGUGAUGCUAGAGCUACUCAGGGAUAAGUUUCCUUGUGCCAAUGAUUUUGGCAGUGAAGUAAUUCCUGGAGCUACAUCCAUUGACAUGAGAGUGCAAGCUUACCUUUAUGAUGGAUACUGGGAAGAUAUUGGUACAAUUGAGGCUUUCUACAAUGCGAAUCUUGGAAUAACAAAGAAACCAAUUCCAGAUUUCAGCUUCUAUGAUCGGUCUUCUCCUAUCUAUACACAACCUCGGUACUUACCUCCAUCCAAGAUGCUCGAUGCUGAUGUCACAGACAGUGUUAUUGGGGAAGGAUGUGUCAUUAAGAACUGCAAAAUUCAUCAUUCCGUUGUUGGGCUCCGAUCCUGCAUCUCAGAAGGUGCAAUCAUUGAGGAUACAUUGCUGAUGGGAGCGGACUACUAUGAGACUGACGCGGACAGGAGGUUCUUGGCUGCCAAGGGCAGCGUUCCUAUUGGCAUAGGCAAAAACUCCCACAUCAGGAGAGCAAUCAUCGACAAGAACGCUAGAAUUGGUGACAAUGUCAAGAUCCUUAAUAGUGACAAUGUACAAGAAGCAGCAAGGGAAACUGAUGGCUACUUCAUUAAGAGCGGGAUUGUGACCGUAAUCAAGGAUGCUUUGAUUCCCAGUGGAACCGUGAUUUAAGAAGAAGCGAAGUGUUUUCUUCAGAUAAGUACGGCUUCUAGCGGUUAGGAGCCAGAUGGUAAAAAAAAAAAAGUUGAGUUGUUUAACCUCUUUUUAAUCCUUUGUACUGCAUGAUGUAUGUUUCUUCUCUCAUGGCUUGGGGCUGGGUUGUAUAGUUAACAACAUUGUCAAGUAUGGUGGCAGCCAGAGAGGGAGAGAGAGCACUCAAUAAAUCCAAAAAGAAAAGAAAAGCGUCAUGCUGUAAAGGGUUUUUAUUCUUAGCAGUAAUUUUCAAUUUUUAUCCCUAUGCAGAAAGAGCAAGCAGAGAGUAAUGUAGCUUCAUUCAUCUUGUGUACUCUCCUUGCCAUUCCAACCUUGUUACUAACAUUUUCCAUGUUAAUACUUAAAUAUCGAUAUGAUGACCGAACACGCUUAUAUAUGUUA